GUGAGAGGAAAUGGCUCCCAGCCCGAGCAGGAAGGGACCGCGCGUCCUCUGGCCAUGCCGACCUUCCUGUGGCGGCAAACCAGUGCAUUUUUGAGGCCCAAACUUGGAAAACAGUAUGAAGCUUCCUGCGUGUCUUUUGAACGAGUUUUAGUAGAGAACAAGCUGCAUGGUCUUUCUCCAGCCCUCUCUGAAGCCAUCCAGAGCAUUUCUCGUUGGGAACUGGUUCAAGCUGCCCUACCACAUGUACUCCAUUGCACAGCGACCUUGCUUUCUAACCGAAACAAGCUAGGACAUCAGGACAAGCUUGGAGUUGCAGAGACUAAGCUUCUACACACCCUCCAUUGGAUGCUAUUGGAAGCUCCUCAAGACUGCAGCAAUGACCGGUUUGGAGGAGAGAGAGGCUCCAGCUGGGGAGGGAGCAGUAGCGCCUUUAUUCAUCAGGUUGAAAACCAGGGAUCUCCAGGACACCCUCGGCGUGGCAGCACUAAUGAAGAGGAAGAGAAUAACCGAAGGAAGUUCUUUCAGAAUUCCAUGGCAACAGUGGAGCUCUUUGUGUUCCUGUUUGCGCCUCUGGUCCACAGGAUUAAAGAGUCUGACCUGACUUUUCGGCUGGCCAGUGGCCUUAUUAUUUGGCAGCCCAUGUGGGAGCACAGGCAGCCUGAGGUUUCUGCUUUCACCGCUUUGGUAAAGCCAAUCAGGAACAUUAUUACAGCCAAGAGAAGUUCUCCUACUAGCAAUCAGAGCCUGGCUUGUGAAUCCCCUAAUCUGGACACUGGACACACAGAGGGACUUCAGGUGGUGUGUGAAACAGCCCAGCCAGAUGCUGUGCCUCCCAGGGCCACUGUUUCAGGCUGUCAUCGGGGAAACUCCUUUGAUGGAAGUGUGUCAUCCCAAACAUCCCAAGACAGAGGACCUCCGCUUUCCAGGGUAUCAUUGGUGAUCCCACCUUGCCAAAAGUCUCGCUAUGCCACCUAUUUUGAUGUGGCAGUACUGCGCUGCCUGCUGCAGGCACACUGGUCUGAGGAGGGUACACAGUGGUCUCUGAUGUAUUAUCUACAAAGACUGAGACAUAUGCUGGAGGAGAAGCCAGAGAAGCCACCUGAGCCGGAGACCAUGCACCUGCCCAGGCCCCGCAGCAGUUCCAUGGUAGCAGCGGCACCCUCUCUGGUGAACACCCACAAAACUCAGGAUCUCACAAUGAAGUGCAAUGAGGAGGAAAAAUCACUAAGCACUGAGGCCUUUGCUAAGGUGUCACUCACCAACCUGCGCAGGCUAGCCGUGCCAGAUCUCUCCACAGACCUGGGAAUGAACAUCUUUAAGAAGUUUAAGAGUCGCAAAGAGGAUCGAGAGCGUGAGCGCAAGGGUUCUAUUCCUUUCCACCACACUGGAAAAAAACGGCAGCGAAGGAUGGGGGUGCCCUUUCUGCUCCACGAGGAUCAUUUGGAUGUGUCACCCACUCGCAGCACAUUCUCCUUUGGCAGCUUUUCUGGAAUUGGAGAGGACCGGCGCAGCAUUGAGAGAGGAGGAUGGCAAACUGCCAUACUAGGGAAGUUCACCAGACGGGGGAGCUCUGACACCGCUACAGAGAUGGAGAGCCUGAGUGCUAGACAUUCUCACUCUCAUCACACCCUGGUCACUGACUUGCCUGACCACUCAAACAGCCAUGCAGAGAAUACGGUCAAAGAAGUGCGAUCCCAGAUUUCUACCAUCACUGUGGCCACCUUCAACACCACCCUGGCCUCAUUCAACGUGGGCUACGCGGACUUCUUCAGCGAGCACAUGCGGAAGCUGUACAACCAGGUGCCCAUUCCAGAGAUGCCCCAUGAGCCGCUGGCCUGCGCCAAUCUCCCACGGAGUUUGACUGACUCCUGCAUCAAUUACAGCUGCCUGGAGGACACGGAUCACAUUGAUGGCACCAACAACUUCGUCCACAAGAACGGCAUGCUGGAUCUUUCGGUGGUUCUGAAAGCCGUUUACUUGGUCCUGAACCAUGACAUCAGCUCCCGGAUCUGUGAUGUGGCGUUGAACAUCGUCGAGUGCCUGCUGCAGCUUGGCGUGGUGCCGUGCGUGGAGAAAGUCAGAAGGAAGAGCGAGAACAAGGAAAAUGAAUCAGCAGAAAAGAGACCGAGUGAGGGAUCCUUCCAGCUCAAGGGGGCUGCUUUGGGAACUGGAGAUGAGGGAGGCGAAGAAAGUGGAGGAGGAGGAGGUGGUGGAGGAGGAGGUGGCGGAGCUGAUGGAGGUGGCGGAGGAGGAGGUGGAGGACCUUAUGAAAAGAAUGAUAAAAAUCAAGAAAAGGAUGAAAGCACUCCCAUAAGCACCCACAGGCUGGCACUGACGAUGCUGAUCAAAAUAGUGAAAUCACUGGGUUGUGCUUAUGGCUGCGGAGAAGGACACCGAGGGCUCUCUGGAGAUCGUCUGAGACACCAGGUAUUCCAGGAGAAUGCUCAGAAUUGCCUUACAAAGCUGUACAAGCUGGAUAAAAUGCAGUUCCGGCAGACCAUGAGGGACUACGUGAACAGGGAUUCCCUCAAUAAUGUAGUGGAUUUCCUUCACGCUUUGCUAGGAUUCUGCAUGGAGCCGGUCACUGACAACAAGGCUGGAUUUGGAAAUAACUUCACCACAGUGGACAACAAGUCUACAGCGCAAAGUGUGGAAGGUAUUGUUGUCAGCGCCAUGUUCAAGUCACUGAUCACACGCUGCGCUUCCACUACGCAUGAACUGCAUAGCGCUGAAAACCUGGGAUUAUACUGUGACAUCCGGCAAUUGGUCCAAUUUAUCAAGGAGGCUCAUGGGAAUAUUUUUAGAAGGGUGGCACUGAGCGCCCUUUUGGACAGUGCUGAAAAGUUAAUUCCGGGGAAGAAAACAGAUGAAACAACUGAGCAGGAUCUGAAGCCCCUGGGGAGCAAAAAAUCCGAGGUGGGAAGUGUUCUUAUUGAUAAAGGCCAGGCAUCAUCUGCCCCUGAUGAAUGUCGUAGUUACAUCUCCAGCCGUCCUCAGCAGACCCCAGAGCACGAUGAGCAAAUGCAAGGGGCGGUUCUGGGACGCAAAGACUUCUGGCGAAAGAUGUUCAAGUCGCAGAGUGCAGCAAGUGAUACCAGCAGCCAGUCAGAGCAGGACACAUCAGAGUGCACCACUGCUCACUCUGGAACAACCACUGACAGGCGCUCUCGCUCCCGCUCCCGACGGAUCUCGCUCCGAAAGAAACUCAAACUCCCCAUAGGUAAAUGGAACUGGCUGAAACGCUCUUCCCUCUCUGGGCUGGCGGACGGGGUGGAAGACCUCCUGGAUAUCAGCUCUGUAGACCGUCUGUCUUUCAUCAGGCAAAGUUCCAAGGUGAAAUUCACUAGUGCAGUGAAGCUGUCCGAAGGUGGACCAGGAGGUGGUCUGGAGAAUGGGCGAGAUGAAGAGGAGAAUUUCUUCAAGCGUCUUGGUAAAUGGCGCAUCUGCCGAAGAUACCCAUCCAAGCUUCAUCACACAGAAGAAAAAGAUGGUUGCCACAGUUUUGAUGAUCACUUGACCGCCAACCAGGAAGGUGGGAAAUCCAAGAACGUAGUGAACCUGGGAGCAAUCAGACAAGGCAUGAAACGCUUUCAGUUUCUCUUAAACUGCUGUGAGCCAGGCACUAUCCCCGAUGCCUCCAUCCUGGCAGCUGCCCUCGAUCUUGAAGCUCCCGUAGUGGCGAGAGCAGCCCUGUUUCUCGAAUGUGCUCGCUUCGUUCACCGCUGCAAUCGCGGCAACUGGCCAGAGUGGAUGAAGGGGCACCAUGUGAACAUCACUAAGAAAGGCCUAUCCCGUGGACGUUCUCCGAUAGUGGGGAACAAACGGAACCAGAAGUUGCAAUGGAGUGCAGCCAAACUCUUCUACCAGUGGGGAGAUGCAAUUGGCAUCCGACUCAACGAACUGUGCCACAGUGAGAGUGAAAGUCCGGCCAACCUGCUGGGCCUCAUUUAUGAUGAGGAGGCCAAGCGGAGACUGAGAAAGGAGGAUGAGGAGGAAGACUUUUUAGAUGACAGUAAGGAGACUCCCUUUACUACAAGAACCCCUGCUUGCACUGUGAACCCUACCAAAUGUUGUUGCCCUUUUGCUCUGAAGAUGGCAGCAUGCGAGCUUCUCUUGGAGAUCACCACCUUCCUUCGAGAGACCUUUCCUUACAUGCCCAGGCCUCGUACUGAGCCUCUCGUGGACCUGGAGAGCUGCAGGUUGCGUCUGGACCCUGAGCUGGACAGGCACAGGUAUGAGAGGAAGAUCAGCUUUGCUGGGAUUCUGGAUGAAAACGAAGAUUCAAAAGACUCCCUGCACAGCAGCAGCCACACGCUCAAAUCUGACACUGGCUGUGAAGAGAAGAAAGUUCUCAGCAGGAAGAUCAGGAUAGGAGGCUCCCGCUUGCUCCAGAUUAAAGGAACCCGCAGUUUCCGGGUGAAGAAGGGGGGUUCCCUGUCCAGCAUUCGCCGGGCCGGCAGCCUAAAGAGCACCAAGUUAUCACGGCAGGACUCAGAGUCUGAGAAUGAGGAGCUGCAGCUGUCCCACAGCAGGGACACUGUCACUGACAUAGAAGGGAGCCCUUGGAGUGCAAGUGAGCCCAGCAUUGAGCCUGAAGUGCUGAGUAACACAGGCACAGAGGAGAAUUACCAUCGGAACAUGUCGUGGCUUCAUGUCAUGAUCCUGUUGUGCAACCAGCAGAGUUUCAUAUGUACCCACAUUGAUUACUGCCACCCGCACUGCUACCUCCACCACAGCCGCUCGUGUGCUCGCCUGGUCCGAGCCAUCAAACUGCUGUAUGGUGACACUGUGGACUCACUCCGAGAAAACAAUGUACUGAACAAUGUGGCAAGAGGCAAAAAGCAGAAGGAGUGCUCGGACAAAUCAUGCCUGAGAACUCCAUCUCUGAAGAAGAGAGUAAUGGAUAUCAACUUGGAAGGAAAGAAGGACUCUGGAAUGUUGAAAUACAUUAGACACCAGGUAAUGAGCCUGUCCCCAGCGCCUUUGUCACUGUUAAUCAAGGCAGCUCCUAUCCUCACAGAGGAGAUGUAUGGGGACAUUCAGCCCGCAGCAUGGGAGCUGCUGCUCAGCGUGGAUGAGCACAUGGCUGGAGCAGCAGCUGCCAUGUUCCUGCUGUGUGCUGUGAAAGUGCCCGAGGCUGUUUCUGAUAUGCUGAUGUCCGAAUUUCAUCACCCUGAGACAGUGCAAAGACUGAACGCUGUUCUCAAGUUCCAUACCCUCUGGAGAUUUCGGUAUCAAGUCUGGCCUCGGAUGGAGGAGGGCGCUCAGCAGAUCUUUAAGAUUCCUCCUCCAAGUAUAAACUUCACUCUGCCCUCUCCAGUACUGGGAAUGCCCUCUGUGCCAAUGUUUGACCCCCCGUGGGUUCCACAGUGCAGUGGGAGCGUGCAGGACCCAAUUAAUGAGGACCAGUCUAAGUCAUUUUCAGCCCGGGCAGUGUCACGUUCCCAUCAGCGAGCAGAGCACAUCCUGAAGAACCUGCAGCAGGAGGAAGAAAAGAAGCGCCUAGGCCGGGAAGCCAGUCUUAUCACAGCCAUUCCCAUCACCCAGGAGGCCUGCUAUGAGCCCACCUGCACCCCAAACUCAGAGCAAGAAGAGGAAGUAGAAGAAGUCACCAACUUGGCAUCCCGCCGCCUCUCUGUGAGUCCCUCCUGCACCUCCAGUACUUCUCACAGGAACUAUUCCUUCCGUCGUGGCUCUGUCUGGUCAGUGGGUUCAGCCGUCAGUGCAGAAGAUGAGGAGCACACUACGGAGCACACUCCAAACCAUCAUGUGCCGCAGCCCCCGCAGGCAGUGUUCCCAGCAUGCAUCUGUGCAGCUGUGCUCCCCAUUGUUCACUUGAUGGAAGAUGGAGAAGUCCGAGAGGAUGGAGUAGCAGUGAGUGCUGUGGCCCAGCAGGUCUUAUGGAACUGUUUGAUUGAAGAUCCGUCUACAGUGCUACGGCAUUUUCUGGAGAAACUCACAAUAAGCAACCGACAGGAUGAGUUGAUGUACAUGCUGAGGAAGCUCCUACUGAACAUCGGAGACUUCCCUGCCCAGACGUCUCACAUCCUGUUUAACUACUUGGUGGGAUUGAUCAUGUACUUUGUGCGUACUCCAUGUGAAUGGGGCAUGGAUGCCAUUUCAGCUACACUGACCUUCCUGUGGGAAGUGGUGGGUUAUGUAGAGGGCCUUUUCUUCAAGGAUCUCAAACAGACUAUGAAAAAGGAGCAGUGUGAAGUAAAACUGCUGGUGACUGCCUCAAUGCCAGGCACAAAGACCCUUGUCGUGCAUGGACAGAACGAGUGUGACAUCCCAACCCAGUUACCAGUUCAUGAGGACACACAAUUUGAAGCUCUUCUGAAGGAGUGCUUGGAGUUUUUUAACAUACCUGAAACCCAGUCUGCUCAUUAUUUUUUAAUGGAUAAACGAUGGAACCUUAUUCAUUACAACAAGACCUACGUCCGGGAUAUUUAUCCUUUCCGGAGGUCAGUGUCUCCACAGCUCAAUCUGGUACACAUGCAUCCAGAAAAGGGUCAGGAACUCAUUCAGAAACAGGUGUUCACCCGCAAGCUGGAGGAGGUAGGACGGGUGCUGUUCCUCAUAUCACUGACCCAGAAAAUCCCUGUGGCCCACAAACAGUCCCAUGUGUCUAUGCUCCAAGAGGACCUUCUCCGCCUGCCUUCCUUCCCUCGGAGUGCCAUUGAUGCCGAAUUCUCCCUCUUCAGUGAUCCUCAAGCUGGGAAGGAACUCUUUGGCCUUGAUACCCUUCAGAAAAGCCUGUGGAUUAAGCUCCUGGAGGAGAUGUUUCUGGGCAUGCCCAGUGAAUUUCCCUGGGGGGAUGAGAUUAUGCUGUUCCUAAAUGUCUUCAACGGAGCCCUGAUCCUGCACCCAGAGGACAGUGCCUUGCUGAGGCAGUACGCUGCCACUGUCAUCAACACUGCUGUGCACUUCAACCAUCUCUUCUCUCUCAGUGGAUACCAGUGGAUCCUCCCCACCAUGCUGCAGGUGUAUGCUGACUAUGAAAGCAACCCACAGUUACGCCAAGCGAUUGAGUUUGCCUGCCGCCAGUUCUACAUUCUGCAUCGCAAACCCUUUGUUCUGCAACUGUUUGCCAGCGUGGCUCCUCUGCUUGAGUUCCCUGAUGCUACAAACAAUGGACCCAGCAAAGGAGUGUCAGCUCAGUGCCUGUUUGACCUGCUGCAGUCCCUAGAGGGAGAUACACCUGACAUUUUGGACAUCCUAGAGUUGGUGAAAGCAGAAAAGCCUCUCAAAUCAUUAGAUUUCUGCUAUGGGAAUGAGGAUCUGACCUUUUCUAUCAGUGAAGCCAUCAAGCUGUGUGUAACUGUGGUGGCAUAUGCUCCUGAAUCAUUUAGAAGCCUCCAGAUGCUGAUGGUCCUGGAAGCCCUGGUUCCCUGUUACCUGCAGAAACUGAAGAGGCAGACCUCACAAGUGGAGACGGUGCCAGCUGCUCGUGAGGAGAUUGCUGCUACUGCUGCUCUUGCCACUUCCCUACAGGCCCUCUUGUAUAGUGUGGAAGUUCUCACCAGGCCCAUGACUGCCCCUCAAAUGAGCAGGUGUGACCAAGGCCAUAAAGGAGCCACAACAGCCAACCAUACCAUGUCAGCUGGGGUGAAUACUAGGUACCCGGAUCAAGGAGCCAAACUGCACUUUAUCAGGGAAAACCUUCACUUGCUGGAGGAAGGCCAGGGUCUCCCCCGGGAGGAGCUGGAUGAGCGAAUUGCUAGGGAGGAGUUCAGGAGGCCCAGGGAGUCCCUACUGAAUAUCUGCACUGAGUUCUAUAAGCACUGUGGCCCUAGGCUGAAGAUAUUGCAGAACCUGGCUGGAGAGCCCAGGGUGACUUCCCUGGAGCUGCUGGAUGUUAAGUCUCACAUGAGGUUGGCAGAAAUUGCACAUUCCCUUCUGAAGCUGGCACCUUAUGAUACCCAGACGAUGGAAAGCCGUGGGCUCCGGCGCUACAUCAUGGAGAUGCUGCCCAUCACCGACUGGACAGCCGAGGCCGUGAGACCUGCCCUUAUCCUCAUCUUAAAGCGAUUGGAUCGUAUGUUCAAUAAAAUUCACAAGAUGCCUACUUUGAGGCGACAGGUUGAGUGGGAGCCUGCCAGCAAUUUGAUUGAAGGGGUUUGUUUGACACUUCAGAGGCAACCAAUCAUAUCCUUCCUGCCUCACCUUAGGUCACUGAUCAAUGUCUGUGUCAAUCUGGUGAUGGGAGUAGUAGGACCUUCCAGUGUUGCUGAUGGAUUACCCCUUCUUCAUCUCAGCCCUUAUCUCUCACCACCUCUGCCCUUCAGCACAGCUGUUGUCCGGCUUGUAGCAUUGCAGAUACAGGCUUUGAAAGAAGAUUUUCCCUUAAGCCAUGUGAUCUCCCCAUUCACCAAUCAGGAGAGAAGAGAAGGAAUGCUUUUAAACCUACUGAUUCCAUUUGUGCUCACAGUAGGAUCUGGAAGCAAAGACAGUCCCUGGCUGGAGCAGCCUGAAGUCUUUUUGCUGCUCCAGACUGUUAUUAACAUCCUCCUGCCACCUCGGAUCAUCAGCACUUCCCGCAGCAAGAACUUCAUGAUGGAGAGCUCCCCUGCGCACUGCUCCACCCCAGGGGAUACUGGGAAGGACCUGCGCAGGGAAGGACUCGCAGAGUCCACCAGCCAAGCAGCUUACUUGGCCCUGAAGGUGAUCCUCGUGUGCUUUGAGCGCCAACUUGGCAGCCAGUGGUACUGGCUGAGCCUGCAAGUCAAAGAGAUGGCCCUGCGCAAGGUGGGAGGGCUAGCCCUCUGGGACUUCCUGGAUUUUAUUGUUCGCACCCGGAUCCCUAUCUUUGUGCUUCUUCGGCCCUUCAUUCAGUGCAAGCUGCUGACCCAACCCGCAGAGAAUCACGAGGAGAUGACUGCCCGACAACAUAUCGCUGACCAGCUAGAGAGGCGCUUCAUACCACGCCCUCUGUGCAAGAGCUCCCUCAUCACAGAAUUCAACAGCGAGCUCAAGAUCCUGAAGGAGGCAGUGCACAGUGGGUCAGCCUACCAAGGGAAGACCUCCAUCAGCACUGUGGGCACUUCCACCUCCGCGUACCGCCUCAGCCUCGCUACCAUGUCCCGCUCCAACACAGGCACCGGCACCGUCUGGGAGCAGGACAGCGAGCCUUCCCAUCAGGCUUCGCAGGACACUCUGAGCCGCACGGAUGAGGAGGAUGAAGAAAAUGACUCAGUGAGCAUGCCCAGUGUGGUAAGUGAACAGGAAGCCUACAUUAUGGGUGCCAUUGGGAGGCGGCGGUUCUCCAGCCAUAUCUCCAGCAUGUCUGCACCUCAGGCUGAGGUGGGCAUGUUACCCAGCCAAAGGGUAGCAAGCGUGCAGAGUGAACCUGGACAACAGAAUCAUCUUCUUCAGCAACCACUAGGAAGGAAGAGAGGCCUCCGGCAGCUACGAAGACCUCUUCUCUCACGUCAGAAGACCCAAACUGAACCUCGUAGCUGUCACGGGGCUCAACUUUCAACUACUCAUCGAAGUAUACAGCCAAAAACAAAACCAAGUGUGGAUCAAAAGCGAUCAGUGACUUUCACGGAAACUCAGCCAGAGGCAACAACAUCUUUAGCAACAGAUGCCACACCGGUCCCAGCCCUGCAACCUAGCUGCAGCAGGAGCAGCCCUGCAGAAGUCAGCAAGCCAGAAGCUGUGACUAAACCUGUGCUGACCUCCUCACCUGCCACUGUUGUCGCUGAUCUCCAUAGCCAAACCACCAGCCAGAGUGAGGCGCUUCCCACUGAGAAGGAAAAAGAAACAGAGGAGCAAUUGGAGCCCCGGCCAGCACAAGCACAUAGUACCCCACCCACACAGCUCUCUGAUACGGAGGACUUUGCAGGCCUUGAGACAACCAGCUUACUGCAACAUGGAGACACUGUCCUUCACAUCAGCGAGGACAAUGGGAUGGAGAAUCCCCUCCUUACCAGCCACUUCAGCUUCACGCAUGUUGAGCUUGGUGAGACUGAUGUUGACUUAGAUGAGUCCCAUGUUUAAAUGUCGGGGAACUGCAUUAGCAUGGGAGGAGAGAGAAUGUAGAGUCUUGGCAGAGAAACUGUAUCUUCUCUAUAGAGUUUCUUGAUAACUAUUGAUGAACUAAUCAGAAAGAGCACUUUAUAGCCAGCAAGGGAAAAUAUCUAAUAACCUAUUUGCUAUAGACUGGCAAAUAUGUUUUAGAAAACAAGCUAAGCCUUUUUGGCAAAUCUAAUUUGGUUCAGGGCAGACUGCAAAGACCAGAAGAGAAUUCUAAAAAAUUUUGCAGCUACAUAUGUUUCCCAAAAUCUUGAUCUGCCAGGAAUCUACCGCAGUCUGCAGCUGCUCCAGUAAAAUGCAUUAGUUUAACAUAGUAGACUGAAAAAACCCGACCUUUUCGAGGUUAGCCACUUUAACACUGCCCCCACUGCAAAGUUUAUUUUUGUAAUUUCAGAAGGGUUAUGUAGUAUCUGAAUCAAAGACUCGCAUGACUGAAUAUUGACAGUCAAAAUGCUGACAAUGAAUAUGUUUUAAAUAAACAGGCCUGUGACUGUGUUUUCUAAUCCUCAAAGCAAUGGCACAUACCAUUGAAUGAUUAGAAAGAUAUUUUUUGGCACUGCAGACUUUAGCAGUGUUUACUUUUGUCUGCUGGUUUCAUUGCACUCUGUAAGAUAGUGCCCUAGUGCUAGAAAAAUAGUCAUUCUGUGUAAAACUGAAUACACUACAUACUACAGGAAAGAAUGCACAUGCUGUGCUCAAGGGGAGUGGUCUGUAGAUGACAUAAAUGGUACUGUCUGUCCUGCUUAAAUAUAUUAAGCAAUUUUAUGUAAAAAACACAGCUAGAAUGUGUGGACUUUCUAGUACAGGGCAACAACUUAAUUGAUGCAAAUAUCUACUUUGUAUGCACUUGGAAAUGUAUAUUUUAAGUAACGUAUAUAAUCCAUAUUUUCACAUUCCUGUGAACUAGGAAUGGAAAUGGCAGAGAAUAGACCUGAUGAAAGAAUAUAUUUUCUGCACACUGAGAUUGUAUUUAAAAAGGCGUCAUUCUAUGUGGGUAUAUGAAUAUGCACUAAUUAUGACUCUGCAUGUGUAGAUAUAAAUGCAUAAUAUUUACAUGUAUAUCAUGUCCCCUUUGGGAAUUGACUGAAAUCAUGGAUGAGUUACGAUCUGUGCUUCAGGAUCAUGGGAUUAAAUUGAAAUAGGACUUUAGUCAUUGACGUAUGGGAAAGCUGCAGAAUAGCUGUGAGGAUACUGUGAAAUUGCAAGCAACAUCCAUAUUUACGUGUGUGUUUGUGUGUUCACAUAAGACAUUUUCAACUAACCCUGGUAGAAUGAGAUAUUAGACCUUAUAAUUGUGGCAUUGUUAUACAUAGAAAAGUUAUUUUUGAUCACUUUUAAAGCUUUCUAAAAUGUAUUACUUACAAUAUUUUUGACCUUCAAUCUGGACUCAUGGUAUUAAGACAACAUGAUUGUAAAGUUAAAAUUAUAUGACCAAAAACAAAACAAAACCCACACCAAGCAAACAACACCCAAGAACACCACUAUAUAUUUUUAAAUAACUAUUUUUUUCUAAAAAUCAUUUUUCUGUAAAAUACUGGCAUACACAGCCUAUAUGCUGGUCUGGUGCAGUAUUACAAGUUUUACUGGCAUUAAUUUAGGAUCAACUCCAGUACUGACUGGUGGCUUCGGUAAUUUCAACCAAUCAAACCUUUAUACCUCACCAUCAUGUAUCCUCUCCAUAUACAUAUGAGUCAAUAGGAGCCUUGUGUGUGUACAUCAGAGUACAGAAAUGGGUCUUAUAUAUUAUUCGCUCGCUCGCUCUCUCUCUCUCUCUCUCUCUCACACACACACACACACACACGUAAAACGGACACCUUAGCAACAACAAAAUGUAUUCUUUUCUCAAGCUUGUCUAUUUAGGCCCCAGUCCAGAGGUGCUGAGCACUCUCUACUACUGUUGCCUUCAUUGAGAGUUAAAGGCACUUUGCACCUCAUACGAAGCGCCAGUCACCUUGCAAGAUUAAGCCCUUGCUGUACAGUGGGCAAUCUUAAAGUGGUUUGUGGUCAAAAAAGUGUCUAUGUAAAAAUGGCACCUUGCUUAGCACAGAUCAUGGGUAUUCUGAAUGACAGCUGCUUAUAUCGCUGACUUAAAUAUAUCUGACUACUUCUUACGUCUUUCAGCACUACAGAGCCUGCACUGGAUUCUUUCCUAGUGUUGGCAUCAUCAAAAGAAUUAAUUACGUCCUGCAUGUGGAAUUGCUAUUAUUAACGAUGACUCACAAAUCAGAAAGAACACCGCUUUGCUUUCAGACCCCAGUUUGGGUUAACUGGCAGUUGGAGGGGGAAAUAUUUUACUCAUAAACGAAGUAAAUUUGAUAUAGAAAUGACUGAGAGGAAAUACACAUGAACCCCCAUGUUGAAUUUUGUAGUCACUUUUUCACUAAUAAUAUACUUUAAAAGGAAGCAUUUACAUUAAUGUGAGAUAGAUGCCUUCCAUGAUAUUCUAAUCUAAUUAUAGAAAAAUAACUGUGAUUUACUACAAUAAAUUCAAUAUUUGUGAUAAAUAUUUCCAUGAAGGUUGCCCACUGUUACAAGCUGAAUCCAUCUUAGGAAGCCAUAGCAAGGACUAAAAAUGCCUCUUUUUGAAGUCCACCCUCUAACCAAACAAGUGCAGUGUAGAAAUGAAGAUUACCUUAUUCAGGUGGCCCAGGAAAGGGCUAUAAUUUCAUUAGGUAGUUAUUAAGAUAGGCUGAUCAGUCUGUAUACUUAUAAAUUUUACUUUCAUAUUUGUUGCACUUAAUAUUGUAUUAAUAAGGUGCAUAAACAUGUAAUUUAGCAGAGUUUGUGCAUUUUUCCAGUAUCUCUAUAAAGUGACUGGUAUAUUUCUGCUGUGAAGGAAAAUUAUGCUGCUUAAUUAGUGUUAGAGGCCUUAAGUGCAUGUCAAACGUCUAGCCCUUACAAAUGUCUGUCAGUGUUUGGUUCUGUUGUGUUGCCUCAAAGUUUUAAACUAAUUUGGAGUUGUCAAAAGGAUUAAAGAUAGAAAAGUCUGUUCACACUGAUCAUGUUCAACAAAUAGUAAUUAAAAGACAAGGAUCUGUUUAAUCCUAUUGUACAACAUUAGACAAGUCUCCCUUUUUAAAAAGCACUAUAUCCUGCUAUAUGAGAUUACUUUGCUCUGUUGCCAACAAAGUUAGUUAUAAUUUAAUAUGUUUAUCUGUCAUGUUUUAAUAUGUGCCUCGCUAGAACUUGCCAUACAUCCCCCUAGCCCCGCCUUUUAGAAAGGGGGGAUCAUUGUACUGGGAACUUUCGGUGUGAUCCACUUGUUGUGUGCAUUUGUGUCCUCUUAAUAUGAUCUUAACUGUGCUGAAUGUCUAGGUGUAUUUAUAUGUACAUGUACGUGCAUAAGAAUGUCACAGGAUGUAUUUGAAAUAAUACUAUUGCCUAGAUUUUUGAAGGAAAGAUAAUUGUGUUCCAGAAGGAAAACAUGAUGUAGGUUUGAAACUGACCUUAUCAAUUUGUUUGGAAGUUCAAAAAACAUCAAAACUAGAAACUCUUGUUGAGUUGAAACCCUAAAACCAAGUAUAGGUUUAUAAAUGGUGUAGUUCCCUCCCAAUCUCCAAAUAAGGGCAUUCUCUUUGAAAUUUGAACAAAUCUUAAGCUUUAACAAAGUGUUUUUUGACUUCCUAUUACCAAAGAAAUGUUUAGAGGGAAAGAAACAAAAUAUCGGAAAAGAAAACAAUUACAAUAGACCAACCUUCACAACCAAGUGGAUAUGUGAUUUAAAAUAUUAUCUCAGGGCAGUUAAAUAGGAUAUUACCUUCUCA